AUGACAUUAAUUGACGAUUCAACUAACGAUGGAUUUUACAUGCCACACCAUGCAGUGAUAAAGGCAGCGAGUAACACCACGCGGGUCCGCGUAGUUUUUGACGCGUCUGCAAAAACAGAGAUCGGUACGUCAUUAAAUGAUCAGUUAUUAGUCGGACCCACCAUACAAGACAACUUGUUCGCACAUUUAAUUCGAUUUCGCGUAUAUAGAUUCAUGCUCAGUGCCGAUAUCGAAAAAAUGUAUAGACAAAUAUGGUUACACAAAGAUGAUCAAAGAUAUCAACGCGUCCUGUGGCGUCAUAAUAAUGAGAUUCGCACUUUCCAACUUAAUACACUCACAUUCGGAGUCGCAUCUUCGCCAUAUCUCGCCAUCCGGACGAUUCAUAAAUUAGCGGAUGAUGAAGACGAAAAAUAUCCCGAUGCCGCGCGAUUACUCAAAACGCAUUUAUACGUCGAUGACCUACUUACAGGCGCGAAUACCGUGGACGAAGCGCGUAGAUUACGAGAUGAAGUAAUUGCUCUACUUGUUCGGGGUGGCUUUAAUAUACGACAAUGGGCCUCUAACGACAAACGCAUCAUUCAAGAUCUAAGUCCCGAUGCCAUAAACUCUAAUCUCGACUUUAGUAAGAAUAACUCUCUGAAAACGUUGGGAGUAGCGUGGGAUGCCCGAAACGACGCGUUACACUAUUCGGUUCACAAAAUCAAUUACGCCGAGAGGAUUACAAAACGGAUUGUCAUCGCGGAGAUAGCCAAGAUUUUCGACCCAUUAGGAAUGAUAGGACCAAUCACGUUGUUCGCCAAAAAAAUGAUGCAAGACCUAUGGAAAUCAAAAAUAGGAUGGGACGAACCCAUACCCCCUAAUAUACAAUCAACGUGGACGGAAUUUAUGUCGCAAUUAGAAAGCAUUAACGAUCUAUCUAUCGAUCGCGCGGCAAUUAUUCCCAAUCAUAAAAUCAUACAAAUUCACGGAUUUUGCGACGCAAGCAAGGCAGGAUAUGGUGCAUGUUUGUAUUUACGUUCCACCGAUCAAAACAACAAGAUACAUUGCCAUUUAUUAUGCGCCAAGAAUAGAGUCGCUCCAUUAAAAACCGUGACAAUACCGCGACUCGAGCUAUGCGGAGCGCUUUUACUAGCCAAAUUAUACGGCGAGGUACGUAAAGCAGUGAAACUUAAUCCGAACAAGGUCAUAUUAUGGAGCGAUUCAAUGAUUGUUUUACAUUGGAUAAGAACUUCGCCUCAACGUUUAAAAACGUACGUUUCCCAUCGAGUCGCUCAAAUCCAGGAGCUUACGAAUCCUCAAAUUUGGCGGCAUGUCAAUUCGAAAGAUAAUCCUGCCGAUGCUCUUUCCCGGGGUCAGUUACCGACCGUUUUCUUGAACAAUCAACAAUGGUUCUCAGGUCCAUCGUGGCUGAAAGGGAAUGAAAAUAAAUGGCCUCAAGGAGUUACAAAAUUAAUCGAAAUACCGGAAAUAAAGGGAAGCAAAUGUUUAAUCACUGACUUUAAUGACCAUAAUAUUUUGCAAAGAUAUUCUUCCUACGCCAAAACGUUACGAAUUGUGGCAUUAUGUCUACGUUUCCGACGAAAAAACAUAUAUCGGGGACAAUUAUGCUCACAAGAAAUAGAAGAAGCCGAAAUAAGAGUGAUAAAAAUCAUUCAGGCCUCCCGUUUCUCAUCCGAAUUGAAAAAACUUACAAAUAAUCAAGCAAUAAAUAAAAAUAUCGCAUCAUUAAAUCCGUUUAUCGAUCAACACGGUCUAAUUCGCGUUGGCGGACGUCUCAGAAAUUCGAACUUAACCUUUGCACGGAAGCACCCCAUUUUGAUUCCAAAUCAUCACUUCUUAACAGAUCUCAUCAUUAAAGAAACACAUGAAAAACAUUUUCAUUCAGGUGUUCAAACGACACUAUACAUUAUCAGACAGAAAUUUUGGCUAUUGGAUGGCAGAAAUCAAGUACGCAAAAUUAUACGUUCAUGUGUUCGCUGCUUUCGUUUCGACGCCAAUACGAUUAAAUACAAAAUGGGCGAUUUACCGAAAUCCCGAGUAUCCGAGGCUAUACCGUUCGCUAAUUCGGGGGUCGAUUUUUGCGGUCCGUUCUACAUCAAAGAAAAAAAAUAUAGAAAUCGAAAUCGUAUUAAAGUGUACGUUUGCGUGUUCAUCUGCAUGGCUAUCAAAGCAGUACAUUUAGAAGUAGUCAGCGAUCUGACUACAGAAGGAUUUUUAGCCGCGUUGCGACGAUUUAUAUCUAGGCGAGGUAUUCCGACACAUAUUUUCUCCGAUAAUGGGACCAACUUCAUCGGUGCGAAUAAUCACCUAAGAGAAUUAUACGUUCUUUUCAACUCCGACGAACAUAAAGAUCGAGUCAAUCGAUUUGCUAUUGACCACCGAAUCACGUGGCAUUUUAUACCUCCCAUCGCUCCACAUUUCGGUGGCUUAUGGGAAUCGACAGUAAAACUGUUUAAACACCAUUUUAAACGCGUUGUAGGCGAUCUUCUAUUUACAUUCAAAGAAUUAAACACCUUUACGAUAGAAAUUGAAGGAAUUCUAAAUUCAAGACCAAUCUCCUAUCUCUCAUCUGAUCCAAACGAUCCUAUAAUUCUAUCACCCGCACAUUGCCUGAUCGGUAAACCAAUCAUUAGCAUGCCCGAACCUGAUUACUCGUCUGUCCCAGCAGCACGCUUGUCCACUUGGCAGCAUCUAACAAAGGUACGUCAGGACUUUUGGACCCGAUGGAGCCUAGAAUAUCUUAAUGAACUGCAAAUACGACAUACAUGGACCAAAGAUGAAGGGAAGGUCGACGUCGGGACAAUCGUCCUUCUCAAGGAAAAAAACCUGCCAUGCACACAAUGGGCCAUCGGUAGAAUUAUAGAAACACACCCUGGCAAAGACGGAGUGGUGCGAACCGCCACCAUUAAAACAAACACAGGAACUUUGAAGCGGACAACGAAAUGUCUUUGUCCGCUGCCCCUCAAUCAAUAA